AUGGAGCUGAUAACUUUAGACAUCGGCCAGUGUACGAUCACGUCUGUAUACAAGCCGCCUCCACAGACUUUCCAACCUUGGGACGUAUCCCCACCCGAUGACCACCGGCCGAAAAUUGUUUCGGGCGAUUUUAACAGCCACAGCGUUUCAUGGGGUUAUCGAGAUUCUAAUCCAGAUGGAGAGAGAGUAGAAGCAUGGGCAGAAGCAAACGGGCUGGUACUCCUUCACAACCCUAAAUUACCGUCCUCCUUCAACAGCGGGCGUUGGAAACGUGGCUACAACCCUGACUUAAUAUUUGUUACCGAGGGAAUAAGUCCUCAGUGCGUCAAAACAGUCUGCAAACCGAUUCCGAGAACGCAACAUAGACCUUUGAUGUGCCGGAUCCAAGCUGUUGUGCAACCCGUCAAAGUCCCUUACCGUCGUCGCUUUAAUUUUCAAAAAGCAGACUGGAGCGAGUUGACGAACCAAUUAGAUAAAAACCUGGACGGACUGCUACCAAGGGCAUCGGAAUACGACAACUUCAUAAAACUGACUGACUGA